AUGUUAGGAAAUGAUGAUUCAGGUGCUAUGGGAAGUUGGUUUGUUUUCCAUGCGAUGGGAAUAUUUCCACUUGCUGGCCAAGAUGUUUAUCUUAUCAAUUCUCCACAUUUCGAUCAAGUAACAAUAAUUUUAUCAGUAUCUCCUAUUAUAACAUUUUCUAUAAUAGCAAAUAAUUUAUCAAAUGAUAAUGUAUACGUACAAUCUGCCAAAAUCAAUGAUAAGGAGUGGUAUAAAACUUGGUUUAGACAUAGUGAUAUUGCUGAUGGUGCCGUUUUAGAAUUAGAAAUGGGUAACGAAGUUAGUAAGACAUGGGGCAUUGUUGAUGCAGAUGGAAACCCUGUACC